AUGACAAAAAUGAAUGAAGCUGCUUUUUCAUUCCUAUCCAAUAUAUCCCUACAAGGAGGUAAAUCUAAAAAGAAGCACCAACAACAACAACAACUACAACAGCAGCAGCAGCAACAACAACAACAACAACAACAAUUACAAGAACAACAAAAAAAUCAAUCUUCAUCAUCUUCUUCAACUUCAUCAACUUCUAAUUCUUCAUCGUCAUCACCAAAUAAAAUCUUGUUAACCAAUUAUUCAUCACGUCCAAUUACAUCUGCAACACAAUUGGAACAACAAUGUCACACAUGGAUAUUUAAUUUACCAUUCCCCACCUACAAAUCAAUCGAUGCCAAACAAGGUUCACAAGUUGUCCUCAAUGUCAAACAACAAAACAUCACUCUUAAAAAAGGAGACAAGUUUUACUUUUCAAUGACUGUUCCUACUAAAAUUGAUAGAAUUGUAUCAAUAGCAUCAGUGAUUCAAGACCCACAACAACAAAAUCCAGACUCUACGAUUGAUGUUGUUUUACAAUUUGAAAAGAUCUUUCAAGAACCAAUACCUAGAUCAAUCUUUCAAGAUGUUCCUUCACUAAAAGACUUGGCAGUAUCGAAAUCAUCAUUUACUCGAGUGUCGGAUAGCCAACUUGCAAUCUUUCAAGAUGUCAUCAAAUCAUAUGCCGCCAACAAGGCUAAAAAAGAGGCUAUCAACUUUCUUUCUGGUAUAAAGUUGGGUGAAACAUCUAAAAACAACAAAGCAACAGGUGCAGACAGUGGUGGUGCAAGUGGUGGUUCAAAUACACCAAGAGAUAACCAAUCCGAUACAAACUUACAUUCUGCUGUGAUUGAACAUCAACAAUUUCAACCACCACCGCAAACAAUUAAUAUUAAUAAUAUUAAUAAUAAUAAUAAUGUCACUACUACUCCAACAAUAAUGACAAUUCCUUUUAAUAAUAAUAAUAGUGGAAAUAAUAUUCCAUCUAUUGAAACUUUGCAACAACAGACCAUUAUUGGUAUGACAACAAAUGUAAAUCAAGUAACAUCAUCAACCUCUACUACAACGACGACAACAACACAACAACAACUACCAUCUACCAAUUUGGGU